AUGUCUUCGUGUCGUCCUACGCUUCAGUGUUUUCAUAUUCUCUGCCACAAAGAGCUCCGUGACGCACUAGCACGAGACGGAGCUCAGCCGUCAGAGGGGCUCCAGGCUCCAUGUCCCAAGUGCCUGGUCACCGUCCACGUGGUCCAGCUUCAAACACACCAGCUACCGCCACAUGUGUACCGCUACGUGCAGCCUUUCGACGCUUCCAUCCAGGAGAUCGCCGAUGUCUAUAAGUAUCAACUCCAGCACAUGUCUGAACUGAUCAGAGCCUUGGAAGAAGUGCGCAAGGAAAACGUGGCUUUGAAAGAGGAGAUUACGGUGCUACGAUUGCCAGCGCCAAAGACAGAGCCAGGAACCCUUCCUGCUCAGCCUAGUAACGGAGCACAUCCACUCGGCAUGGGAAUCGUCAAAGGGCAGGAACGCAUGCCGCCUCCGUCCAGGUCAGCGGUCUAUCAGCAAGCACCCCCUCCAAACUUGCGUCCACCUUCACGAGCCAUGCCAGCUGCUCCGAAAGCUGACGCGACGUUUGACGACGGCGACCAGAUCAUGCACGAUUCGGGCAGGCUGCCGACACGUCCAUCGACAACGGCCUCCAACGUCUUCGCGCACAAACCGCCCCCACUUUCGUUCAAAAACAUUGUACCGCCAACUUCGAACUCCACGUCGGAAUGGCGGAAGGAAGCCACUCGUCGUGGCCAAGCAGACCCUCCGCCUGGCCCACGUUCGGGCUUUGGCCCAGCGCACCAUCUGAGCAAACAUUACAAUGUCGCCUUGCAGGCUCCUCUUCAGCGUCACAGUUUACACGGCGCAAGUGUCGCUCAGUACGCCCGCCCGCCGACCAUGCAUACGUAUCAGAGGUCCCUUGCGCAACCCAGUUUGAGGAGGGAUGAGGACGUCACCCCGCAUGCCGGUCAAACGCAAUUGUGGAGACCAUCGGUGCCCUCUGGAACUGGAGUGAGUUCGGCCGCCUUUCCAAACGGCCCGCGCUCGAACCACAGGCAGCGUCCCACGGGCCGAUGA